ACCUCAUAUCCAGAAUCCGAAAAGGAACAGGAGCGGAUUUUGCUGAAACUAAACUCUAGCUCUAAAAGGGAAGUCUUUCAGAAUUCAGCGUAAUCAUGAAUAUAUCCCUGAUGGGUCAUGGCUGUGCCUGUAUCCUCAGACGGCAAGCUGCAGAUGUAGUUCGAAGGUCAGCUCGGUGUGUUGCUCUUCAGCAAGCAAUGAUGACAGGACAAAGAACAGCUCAAUGUAGAAACAUGUCAAUCUGGUACUUGGCAAAGAAGAGAAUACAGCGUGCAUGGUCUGAACAAGUGAAAAUACAGUCAUUUGACACCAUAAAAAAGUUUGGACGUGAGGUUGGUGUUAGCCAUAUGCUGGUCAAGAUGGGGGCAAGAGUCCAGUUUACAAAUGGAAAGUGGUACGCCAAGCAAGACAUUAGACAAGGAUCACUACCACUUGAUGAAUUGAAUGGUCAGUUUGUGAUAGCCAUUGAUGCCACGGACACUGACCUGGACCAAUUUAGCAUGGCAGAUGUUGUAAAAUUAUCUGAAGUGAAAUAUCUAAGUCUUGAAGGAUGUGGUCUAGUAGAUGAUCACUGCCUUGCUAGCCUUGUGCAUCUAAGAGAUACUCUCACACAUCUCAAUAUUAAUAAAUGUGAGCAAGUUACUGAGAAUGGUGUAGCAACACUCCACAAACUAAGGAAUCUGGAGAGGUUAAAUAUGAACGACAUGCCACUGGUCAAGUUUGCUCCUCUGGUUGCCGUGAUGCUGGAAGAUGUGUUGCCACAGUGUCGCAUCAGCCUCGUGACCAAGCAAGUGGAAACCUAUGUAGAAGAAGCCAGGAAAGGAGGUGAGAUCAUCGAAGAGCAUAGAAGACAAGCUGGCCUUGACAAGACUUCACAAGAUGAUCUUAGAGAUUUGAGGAUUAGGAUUAAGGAAGGAGAUCAUGAUGCCAAAGAUAGUCCAAUGCGACAGACAUCUCACAAACGAGACGAAAAAACAUCAUCUAAGAGGUGAUGUCUGUGCAAUCAUGUUUCAUGCCCAGCGCACACUACACGAUCCUGCUGCAAUCCAACUUUAGAAGAAAUGGCGAUUACAUGUAUAUUAGAUAUCGAAAUCUGUCCAUCAUCAUCUUCCUGAUUUAGGUUCUGAAUGAUAAGCAUACUAACAACCAGAAUUUUAGUGCAUUUAAAGAUAAAGUUGAGUUCUGGUCAUGUGAUUGCGUUUGCAAGAAACGUUGUGGAAUCGAUCAGAAA